UCAGCAGAACUUGGAGUGGACAUCGAAAUGGCGAAACAAUACGAUGUAUUGAUCCGUCUACUGAUGAUAGGCGAUUCUGGUGUCGGGAAAACAUGUAUGUUGUGUCGCUUUACCGAAGAAACGGUAGUAAAUCCACACAUUUCAACAAUAGGUAUCGAUUUCAAAAUGAAAACGUUAACAGUAGAUGGCACAAGGAUACGUGUUCAAAUAUGGGACACUGCGGGUCAAGAGAGAUAUGAAACGAUAACCACACAAUACUAUAGGAGAGCACAGGGUAUAAUUUUAGUAUAUGAUAUAACCAGUGAGACAUCUUUUCUAAACACAAGAAAAUGGAUGCAUAUGGUUGAAGAGCAUGCAUCACCUGAUGUUUUAAUGGUCCUUGUUGGAAACAAGAAUGAUGCAGAUGCCUUACGGACAGUUUCUAGAGCGGAAGGAGAAAGACUUGCCAAAGAGUGCAGGAUGGAAUUUUUUGAAUCUAGUGCUCAUGAGUCAGUCAAUGUAAAUGAGGUUUUUCAGGCAUUAAUUAGACAAGUUAUAAAGCAACGAAGGAAAUCGAUCAACCGUCAGUUAGAAAACAUUCGGCUAUAUGGCAGAGAUGACAGUGUACCAGGCGAGAGUCCAGAAUCCAAAGCCAGCUACUGUUGUACAUGAGGCUAUGCAUGGCGCACAAUUAUGCAUUGUUAUAUCACCAUUAAAAAGCUAAAAACUGAAUGGUCAUGUGAUACAAGCAUGGUUACUUAACCAUUUUUAAAAGCUAAAAAAAUGGAUAGUCCAGUGAUAUAAGCAUGGUUUCUUCACUAUUGGAAAAGGUAAAAAGUGGAUGGCCCAGUAUAAGCAUGGUUACCUCACCAUUGAAAAAGCUCACAAAAAGUGACUGGUCCUCUGAUAAAAGGAUGGUUAUUUCACCAUUUGAAAAGCUAAAAUGUUGAUUGUCCAGCAAUAUAUUAGCGUGGUUGUUUCACUGCUUAAAAAGUGAGUGGUCCUUCACCAUUGAAAAAGCUAAAAAGUGGUUGGCCCAAUAUAUUGGUUGUUUCGCUGCUGAAAAAGCUAAAAAGUGAGUGGUCCUGUUAUAAAGCAUGGUUACUUCAUUACAAAGGCUAAAAAGUGGACGGUUCAGCAAUAUAAGCAAGGUAUAAGGUCAUUAAAAAAUAUCAAGCCAAAAAGUGAAUGUUCCUGUAAUAAUAUAUACAUAGUAAUACUCCAGUAUGAACUGCCAUGUUGUUACUGUGAUAUUAGGAUGGCUACUUCAUUGAAUACCAAUUUAAUGUGGAUGGCCCAUUUAUAGUAGCAUGGAUACUGACCAUUGGAUGUGCUAAGUCAAAAUAUAAAAUGUAAUAUCUAAAGCUGCAUAAAAAUUCUAUUUUUUUUUUUUACCAUAAAAUCACAAGCUAAAAAGUGAUGUCCUUUGUUAAUGGAAAGAUGUGGUAUGAGCAUGGUUAUUUCAACGUGAAAAAACAAGCUAAAAAGUGUGUGGUUGUGUGAUACAAAGUUUCCUACUGCACAAUGUAUACAUUAGUCUGCCGCAUAAUUUAUGAGCCAAGCACCCGUGGGCCAUAUUGACAACUGUGAAAUACUACUACAAUUGCAAUAGUUACUAAAUAAUGCAUCAUCGAUUCAUUGCUUUCUUUUGCUCAAGCAAUUAAGUGGUUUUUUUUUUAAGAGCAUUUCAAAAGAGAAAAUUGUAAAGGUGACAGAUCAUUAAACAUAAUAAUUGCUACUUUGAGCCGCCUUUAACUGGAAGUAUUCAGUAUCAGUUGUCAAUACAGUCAAUCACAGGGACUGAGCCCUCAGGACGUUCAUUUUACUAUUUAAAAAAAAUGUAUUGCGAAUUACUACACGGAUUGAAAGUACAAUAAUACAUACUUCUGGUUGAAAGUGAUGCACUAUAAACCAAGUAAUAUUAGUGAGCUUUCGAUUUGUGCGACGACGCGACGUUAGAACGGAAUCACUUAUGCGCGACUGUCCUAUCUGGCGUCCUACGUUCUCUGCAUACGUAGAUUUGGCCAAAUUGGGUUCCAGAAUCUACUCGUCAAAGUGACCUUAACGUUCUCGAAUGCGCAGAUGACUUUUAGUGACGUCAUUACGUUCUACGUCCUACUGUCAUCGUGCAAUCGAAAGCUCCCGAAUAAGGCUUAAGGAGAACCAUUAAUAAUUCAUAAAGAAAUAUUGUUUAAAAAUUUCCAGGUCAAAUAAUAAGUAUUCAAUAUUUUAAUUUCUUCCUCUUAGUUUUGUGUCUCAAUGGAAAUGUGUAUAAACUUAUUUGAGCUUUUUUUUAGAGAGCAACUUGAUUUGAUUGAAUUUUUGAAUUUUUCUGAUUUUUUAAACAGGCAGUAUAUGUUGUUAUUGAUUAAUAAUUAACCCCAUUUUCACCUAUCUCCCACCACUGUAUGGCCAAGUGUAAUAGUCUAGUAAUAAUUAUUCUAUUACUCUAUUUCUCAUCCCUCAUUAAGAGACUUGUGUAUGGAGUACUAAGGAUCUCAAAUGAUUAGGUCUGUUUUUUUUUAAGUAUUUAAUAUUAUAUUCAAAGUUCAUAAUAGUUAUAACUCUAGAUUUAUAUAAAUUAUAAUACUCAAUAAACAUCUACUUUAGUAAAGUAGUAAUUUAAUGUUUCUAUGCCUUAAUAAUAAUUUUGCUUAAAAGAAAAAUAACGCUAAAAAAAGAACAUUUCAAAAUUUUUUCAAAAGUUCAAAUGAGGUAUACAGGAUUCAACUGCUUAUAAUCUAUAAAACAAAAGCUGUAAACUAGAAUGUCAAUGUUCGUAUAAUAAUAAUUUUCUCAAAUUUUAAUUAUCAUGUUACAGUAACAACUUAUGGUAUGUCUGCGAGUAGGUUGAUAGAUGUUAUUUUCUUUCAUAAUAAAAAUAAUAAUGUUGAUAUAAAUAAUGAUAGUAGUGUUAAAACAUCCUGUUUAAUAUCCCAGGCUUUCCAUAUAUGGCUAAAUCAAGGUCAAACUGUCUCUUCUUUUGUAUUUUGAUUAGCAUAAUGAAUGUAUACACACUGAUGCAGUAUUGUUCAUUAUUCAUUAAAAAGGUAAUAUUUGACCCUUAAUAAGUAUGUCACGUUUUUUAUGAUGUUGCCACAAUCCACCUGCACAAAGGUUAGAGAAGAGUAAAAUAUAAAAAAGCUUUCAUGACCCCAAAAUAUUAUUAAAAAAGUAGAAAAUGCUUGAAUCCUUAAUUUUGACUUCUACGUAUACCAUUGCACAGUGGCAGGCACAGGUUUUUGUUUAAAGAAAAAUCAGAGGAACACAUGCAUGUGCUGAUUUUAUGAAUCAGGAAUCAGUUUUAGUAACGGAGGGCAGAAGUUUCCCACCUUAUAUGAAACUAUUCAAUGGUGUAACCAUGAGGGGAGGGGGAUUGAGGGGUGGAGAGUGCUCAUCCCCUUUUUGUUAAAAAAAAAUUAUAGUGAAUUAAUGGAAAUAAAUAGCAAGAUAAGGCAGGGUAAAUUAAGACAGCCAAUUUUG